AUUUUAUUUUAUAUAGAGUAAUUCUAAAAUGCAUAAGGCAAUCAAAAUUAUUACUGAAAAUUGUGCAACCUAUUUCUUUUAAAUUACGUUUGUUGGAAGUGAAAGUUCAGUCUGGCAGUGCCAUAGUAUACCUUUAGCUAAUUUGACAUAUAAAGAAAUUAGUGAUAAUUUUUAACACAGCAAAAAUGACUGCUCCACGUCGUUUGCGAAAAGAGCUAUCAGAUUUGCAGACAUCAUCAUUGAAAACUUUUCGUGACAUUGCGACUGAGGAUGAUAAUCUCUUGCGUUGGACCGGUCUUAUUGUACCAGAUAAUCCCCCAUACAAUAAAGGGGCCUUCCGCAUUGAAAUAAAUUUCCCUGCUGAAUAUCCGUUCAAACCACCAAAGAUCAAUUUCAAGACUAAGAUAUAUCAUCCCAACAUUGAUGAGAAAGGUCAAGUGUGUUUGCCAAUUAUCAGCACUGAGAAUUGGAAACCAGCAACAAAGACAGAUCAGGUAAUACAGGCACUUAUAUCACUAGUUAACUAUCCAGAACCGGAACACCCGUUGCGUGCAGAUUUAGCGGAAGAAUUUUUAAAGGAUCGAAAAAAGUUUAUAAAGAAUGCUGAGGACUUUACACGUAAAAAUAGUGAGAAACGUCCUGCAGAUUAGGUAUCCCAUAACAACCAGCAAACAUUUACAAACUAUUCGAUAGUAUGCAAACCACAGACAAAGAGUUAAACAAUGAACAGGAGCAUUUCAAAAUUCAUUAAUCGUAAUAUUUUGGUUUUUAGUAUCUUACAAACUGGCGGAUUAAAUUCAAGUAAAACUAAUUUAGCAUAACAAAAUUGUCUAAAUUAAUUAUUAAAUUAGAAAAUUAAGUUAAUUUCUUAAUUUACUUUUUCAAUUUGUUAGGGUGUUUUGUGUUUUGUUAUCCUUUAUGCUAUUUGCACUAUGUUUUAAAAUGUCGUCUUAUGCUUUAAAAUUUCAAAAAUAAAAUU